AGAAGCUCUGUGUGGUUUAGUAGAGUACUCCGCUUGCUUCCCGGACCAUUUUCCAAAGGCUUAUAUUAUCCAUCCCAACUCUUUCAACUCUUCUCUCUCUGUCCCUCUCUUUCUUUUUCCCAAUCUCUCUAGAAGCAGUGACCAUAACAAUCGAAGAAGAAAGAAGAGGAGAAAAUGGGAACGAAGAGGAAAACUCUCUUCUUCGCUUUUCUGCUGCUGCUGCUAUCCACUGCUCACUCCUUCUACCUCCCUGGUGUUGCCCCGCGCGAUUUCCAAAUGGGCGAUCCCCUUUCUGUAAAAGUGAACAAAUUGUCAUCUACAAAGACACAACUUCCAUAUGACUAUUACUACUUAAACUACUGUAAGCCAUCCAAGAUUGUUAACAGUGCUGAAAAUUUGGGGGAGGUGCUACGUGGUGACCGCAUAGAGAAUUCCAUCUUCACCUUUGAAAUGAGGGAGGAUCAGCCUUGUAAAGUAGUCUGUCGAAAAAAACUUGAUGCUGAAUCUGCGAAGAAUUUCAAGGAAAAAAUUGAUGAUGAAUAUCGAGUUAAUAUGAUUCUUGACAAUCUUCCAGUCGCUGUUCUUAGACAAAGGAGAGAUGGAAGUCAGUCAACAACAUAUGAACGUGGUUUCCGUGUUGGGUUCAAGGGGAAUUAUGCUGGGAGCAAGGAGGAGAAGUAUUUUAUCAACAACCACUUGAGCUUCAGGGUCAUGUUUCACAGGGACACUGAAACUGAUGCUGCUCGAAUUGUUGGAUUUGAGGUUACUCCAAACAGCAUUAAUCAUGAAUACAAGGAAUGGGAUGAGAAGAAUCCCCAGAUAACAACAUGCAAUAAGGACACGAAAAAUCUAAUUCAAGGUAGCACUGUUCCACAAGAAGUUGAUGUAGGCAAGGAGGUUGUGUUCACAUAUGAUGUAACUUUCAAGGAGAGUGAUAUCAAAUGGGCUUCUCGUUGGGACACAUACCUUCUGAUGAACGAUGAUCAGAUCCACUGGUUCUCCAUUAUAAACUCACUGAUGAUUGUUCUCUUCCUAUCCGGCAUGGUGGCCAUGAUCAUGAUGAGAACAUUAUACAAAGAUAUUGCAAACUAUAAUCAGUUGGAAACCCAAGACGAGGCUCAGGAAGAAACAGGAUGGAAACUUGUACAUGGAGAUGCCUUUAGGGCUCCUAUCAAUUAUGGUUUACUCUGUGUUUAUGUUGGUACAGGUGUCCAGAUCUUUGCAAUGACACUUGUGACAAUGAUAUUUGCAUUGCUGGGCUUUUUAUCUCCUUCCAAUCGUGGAGGGCUAAUGACUGCUAUGGUUCUCUUGUGGGUUUUCAUGGGAAUAUUUGCUGGUUACUCCUCAGCACGUCUAUACAAAAUGUUCAAGGGCACAGAGUGGAAGAGAAAUACUUUAAAAACUGCAUUUAUGUUUCCGGGUAUCCUUUUCGCUGUCUUCUUUGUGCUGAAUGCAUUAAUUUGGGGAGAGCAAUCUUCUGGUGCAGUCCCGUUUGGAACAAUGUUUGCUCUUGUUUGCUUGUGGUUUGGUAUAUCCGUUCCAUUAGUCUUUGUUGGGAGUUACUUGGGUUUCAAAAAGCCAGCCAUUGAAGACCCCGUGAAGACCAACAAAAUUCCCAGGCAGAUACCAGAGCAGGCAUGGUAUAUGAAGCCAGUCUUCUCUAUACUCAUUGGAGGCAUUCUUCCAUUUGGAGCUGUUUUUAUUGAGCUGUUCUUCAUCUUGACGUCAAUAUGGCUGAACCAGUUCUAUUACAUCUUUGGCUUCCUUUUCAUAGUGUUCAUCAUUUUAAUAAUCACUUGCGCCGAGAUAACAAUUGUGCUAUGCUACUUCCAGUUGUGCAGUGAAGACUACCACUGGUGGUGGAGAUCUUACUUGACUGCUGGCUCCUCUGCUCUCUACCUUUUCCUGUACUCAGUUUUCUACUUCUUUACCAAGUUGGAGAUCACAAAGCUGGUUUCAGGCAUCCUCUACUUUGGGUACAUGGUAAUUGUUUCAUAUGCCUUCUUUGUCCUGACAGGGACAAUUGGCUUCUAUGCUUGCUUCUGGUUUGUUAGGAAGAUCUACUCCUCUGUGAAAAUUGACUGAGAUGAGAAUGUAGAAAGAGGGUCAGACCUAUGCAAAUUACGGGGUGGAAGAGAGGAAAGCAUGAUAUGGACUUUUUCAGCUGUCGACUUUUUCGGGAUAAAGAUAUGCAAUGGAAAUUUUUAUUUCCUACUGUCUCUACAGUCUCUUUUCAUUAGGUAGGGUUGGCCUGUUAUUUUGUCUACACUGUUAAAAGUUAUGUACUGUACUCUUUUAUCUAGUUUCUGCAAGGAGUAACAUUUGUGAUCUAGUCGUUAGAUAUUUUGAUACUUAGAUAUCCACUGUCAACAAAACAAUCAGGAAUUUGUGAAUUCUUUAAUGCUUCUUAAUUGGCUUGAGUA